AAGCCCCCCCCCUCGUGUACACACACACCCUCCAGCCCCUCCCAGCGCUUUGAAAUCCCAUCCCCGCUUUGUUGUCUCCCCCGAGGGGCCGGGAUGCUCGGAGCCCGCGGUAUAAAGGCAGCCGCCACAGCGGUGGCGGCGCAGAGCUGCGCCUGCGGUCGAGACUCGGGGACCGCAGGAGGCGCUCGGAGCCCGGACUGCAGCCGUGCCGGCGCGGCUUCCAGGGACCCCCUUGCACAGGGACAUUCAAGCCUUCUCUCGGGGCCUUCACCGGACAGCUUCUGCGAUGACGGCCCCGGGCGCAGUGGGAGCCGCCCGGGUCUUGGCCGCGCUGGUAGCGGCCGCCCUCUGCGGUCACCUCCAGCUCGGAGUGAGCGCCACCUUGAACUCGGUUCUCGUCAAUUCCAACGCCAUCAAGAACCUGCCCCCGGCGCUGGGCGGCGCUGCGGGGCACCCGGGCUCCGCAGUCAGCGCGGCCCCCGGGAUGCCGUACGAGGGCGGGAACAAGUACCAGACCAUUGACAACUACCAGCCCUACCCGUGCGCGGAGGACGAGGAGUGCAGCACCGAGGAGUACUGCGCCAGCCCCACCCGCGGAGGGGGCGCGGGCGCGCAAAUCUGCCUGGCCUGCAGGAAGCGCCGAAAACGCUGCAUGCGCCACGCUAUGUGCUGCCCCGGGAAUUACUGCAAAAACGGAAUAUGCAUGCCUUCUGAUCACAAUCAUUUCCAUCGAGGGGAAAUCGAAGAAACCAUUCUCGAAAGUGCUGGUAACGAUCACAGCACCGUGGAUGGGUAUUCCCGAAGAACGACGCUUUCUUCAAAACUGUAUCAUACCAAAGGACAAGAAGGUUCGGUCUGUCUCCGCUCUUCAGACUGUGCUACGGGGCUGUGUUGUGCUAGACACUUCUGGUCCAAGAUCUGUAAACCGGUCCUAAAAGAAGGUCAGGUGUGCACCAAGCACAGGAGAAAAGGCUCCCACGGGCUGGAGAUAUUCCAGCGUUGUUACUGUGGAGAGGGUCUGUCUUGCCGGAUACAGAAAGAUCACCAUCAAGCCAGUAACUCUUCCAGACUCCACACCUGUCAGAGACACUAAGCCAGCCAUACAAACACUGUGGACUCCUUUUCUAUAAUAGAUGCUAUGAAACUUUGUGUGACUUUUGUCAGCUCAAUCCUAAAGGAUGUACAAAUUCUGUGGUUCUGAUUAAGCAUUCCAAUAAUACCUUCUGAAAAUCUGGAGUGUAAGAGCUUUGUUUCUUUAUGGAACAACCCUGUCAUUGAUUGCAGUAAAUUACUGUGUUGUAAAUUCUCAGUGUGGCACUUACCUGUAAAUGCAACAAAACUUAAUUAUUUUUCUAAAGGUGCUGCAUUGUCUAUUGUUUUUCUUGUUAUGUAAAUUUUUGUACACAUUGAUUAUUAUCUUGACUCUAAUAUUCUAUAUUGAAUUGAAAUAAAUAAUUUCAGCUUAUACUUCCUAAAUGCUUAUACCCUUUUCCCUUUAAUUCUAGACUCUAGAACACAAGAAACUUUUGGAAUGAAAAAUGAUAGGUAUCUAAACUUGAUCAUGGAAAUACUAGCUUAUUUUCUGAAAUGUACUAUCUCAGUGCUUAGAUUAUAUUUAAUCUCUAGGCUGUGAUAGCCCUUGAAAUAAAAUUUAACAUUUAAUACCACAAAAUGUUACAAGUAUAGAUAAAUUUUGACAUUGUGCUCUUAGAAGGGUGUGUGUUUGUGUGUGUAUGUAUUCUAAAGGGACAGAAAGGUGACCAUUUCAAGAAAAUCAGAGGAAGUUACUUUCUAAAUGUAAGCCAGUGUAGGUCAAUUCUAGAGUAAUUUUAUUUUUUUUUUAAGAUUUUAUUUAUUUAUUUGACAGAGAGACAGAUCA